AUGGAGCAAUUCAGGCAGAUUGGCAAGGUGGUUGGAAGUUUAAAGGCCCUUAUGAUAUUUCAAGACGACAUACAGAUUAAUCAGAGACAAUACUAUUUAUUGGUUGAUAUGUUUACUUUAGCAGAUGAAAUAGUUGCAGAGCAAAUCGAACAAAAUUUGAGAUUUGAAGAAAAGAACACAAAAUGGCAGUGUUUGGAAACAAAGAAUUGGUGGGGAAAAGCGAUUUCCCUAUUUCGAAAUAAGGACUGUGUUCAGGCGCAGAGCCAGCACCUGGAGAGGGGGCGCGACCACGAGUGCUGGCUCCGCCGGAAUCUGCAGAGCCAUCGGGCAGUGUGGUCGCCGACUCCUCGACUCGCCUGGAGAAGAAGAAGGAAGAUGAAACCCGUUUGGCUAGCUCCACCAUACUCCAAUCUCCAGGAAGCCGAGGCAAUCGCUGCAGACCGGAACUGUCGAACUCGAACUCGAAGGCCUGAAGCGUCGCUACCGAGUGCCGACUGUUGUGCAUCUAGUCCCUCCGCUAAUUCUAGUCGAGCACGAGAGUUAUUGAAUAACACAAAGAAAUCCCGGACUCAAUUUAAUGUGGAUGAUCUUGUAUCUGAUCCAGGGAUACGCCCUCCUAUCAAGUCGUAUGAUCCUAAUAUCAGAGAUGAUGUUAGGAUGACAUACUUGGAAAAAGGUCCUUGUCAACCAUAUGGACAUGAUUUUCCAAGAAGACCGAUGAGGAAUGAUAAUAGAUGUUUUCGAAAAGAAUGGUUCUCCAAAUUUCAUUGGUUGGAAUACAAUAUAGAAAAGGAUGCGGCGUAUUGUUUGCAUUGCUACUUGCUCAAACCCGAUAGAGAGGGUCAAGGGGGUGGCCAUAUAUUUACUAAGACCGGCUUUAGGGAUUGGAAGCACAAAAAGAUAUUGAAAGAUCAUGUCGGUCUCUUUGAUAGUGCUCAUAAUAAAGCUUUUGCAAAGUGUACUAACUUGAUGAUUCAAAAGCAAAGUAUCUCCUAUGUUAUGUCUAGCCAAAGUAGUAGUCAACAACAAAUUUAUAGGACCAGGUUGAAUACAGUGCUAGAUUAUACUAGAUUCAUCUUGAUGCAAGGAUUGUCAUUUCGUGGUCAUGAUGAAUCGAAAGAGUCUCUUAAUAGAGAAAAUCUAAUUGAGUUACUGAACUGGUAUGCAGCUCGUUGCAAAGAAAUUAAAGAAGUAUUAUUUAGUAAUGCUCCUGGAAAUGACCAAAUGACUUCACCAACCAUCCAAAAGGAUUUGGUUAAUUUUUGUGCCGUAGAGACGACAAGGGCUAUUAUCAAUGAGAUAGGUGAUUCUUUGUUUUCAAUUUUGGUUGAUGAGGCUCGUGAUAAUUCUAUGAAAGAACAAAUGGCAGUUGUUUUGAGGUUUGUUGAUAAAAGUGGGCAAGUGAAUGAGCGUUUUUUGGAUAUGUUCUAUGUCACUAAGACUUGUGCCCAAUCACUGAAGGAUGCCACUAAUUCAAUGUUUUCUACACACAGAUUGAGCAUAUCUAGCCUGAGAGGUCAAGGAUAUGAUGGAGCAAGUAUAUGUCAGCAUGUAGAUGCUUUUCGAACAAGUUAUCAAGCUAAUAUUCUGGAGAAGCUUAAUAUUGGGGAACUUACUGGUGGAAGUGGUCAGUUUCAAGAAAUGAGUUUGGCACGCCCAGAUGUUCUUGAAAAUAUAUUAGAAGAUGGCAUACAAUCAAAUCAAAAAUCUUCGGCCAAAAAGGAUCAGGAUAUUCAGAAUGCAAUGAGGUUAUUGAAUUUGUGUAAGUGUGCAUUGCAGAACGUGAGAGAGAAUGCUUGGGAUACUUUUUUGAGUAGGGUGAUUGAGUUUUGUGUUGAUAGACAUAUUUUAGUGUCCAAUAUGGAGGAUAUUAUAGUAGUGAAAGGUCGACCUAGGCGUGUAGCUCAUCCAAGAGAUUCAUUUGCAGCUUUUGAUAAGAAUAAAUUGCUACGUCUUGCUCAGUUCUAUCUUUUGGACUUCAAUAGUGAAGAGCUUUUAUUAUUUAGACCACAACUUGAUAAGUUUCUUUUGUUUGUGAGAAUGGAUGAAGUUUUCUUUAAUCUCAAUAGCAUAUCUUGUAUAGUUCAGAAGUUGGUUGGUACUGGAAGUUUCUGUUAUUUUCCAUUGGUUUAUAGGCUGCUCAUCUUGACAUUGAUAUUACCUGUGGCAACUGCAAGUGUUGAAAGGGUAUUUUCUGCUAUGAAUCUAAUCAAGAGUGAUUUGCGCAACAAAAUAAGAGAUGACUGGUUGAAUAACAAUUUGUUGGUUUAUGUGGAGAAAGCUAUUUUUAAAAAACUUGAGAAUGAGACAAUAUUGUAA